AUGCCUUUAAAACACACUAAGUUCUUAUUUGUAACCGGCGGAGUUGUAUCCGGGUUAGGUAAAGGUGUCUCAGCUGCGGCGCUGGGACGUUUACUUAAAGCCCGUAAUUACCGCGUUUUUGUCCAAAAAUUUGACCCCUACUAUAACGUUGAUCCGGGCACGAUGAGCCCCUACCAGCACGGCGAAGUUUUUGUGACCGUCGACGGCGGUGAGACCGACUUAGACCUAGGUCACUACGAGCGUUUUAUCGGCGAAACUUUCACCAAGGACUCAAACUACACCCAGGGUAAAUUGAUGCAAGAGUUGCUUGAGGAAGAAAGGCUGGGCGUUUACCACGGCAAAACGAUCCAAGCCAUUCCCCACGUAACCAACAAAAUCAUCCAUAAAAUCGAGCAAGUCGCGCUCAGUUCCAAAGCCGACUUUAUCAUCACCGAAGUCGGCGGAACAGUUGGCGACAUCGAAUCGCAACCGUUUUUACAAGCGCUCUGGGAAUUCUCACACCGCUACCGGGGGCAAACUUUUUUGAUCCACUGCUCGUUUAUUCCCUACCUAAAAGCUUCCGAGGAAUUCAAAACUAAACCGACCCAGCACUCGGUGCGCCAACUUCACGCCAGCGGCCUCACACCAAACAUGAUUUUACUGCGCGCUAACUCGGCCAUUCCCGCUUCGAUCGCCGAAAAAACGGCGGCGCUAACUUUUGUNCCCGCUUGGCGAGCCUCUAAAAUGUACUGGUGA